AUGGUUUUGCGCUGCUGGUUCUCAUUCCUGGUGACUCUCAACAACGUGAAGGGCAUCUUUUCCGCCUCGCGCGGCGAGUCUCACUGUGCAGUCCGCGACGAUCAGGGGACCUGCAGGCAGUCCGAGGAUGCCGAAGAGUUGGUAGCCCUGCAAGCCAAGAUGGUUUCUUGGUGCGGCAAGGAGGCGAUGGCUGCCAUUAACUCGACGGAAGCAAUUGAGGCUUUGGUUGCCGAGCUUGGCCUGCCGAACACUACGUGCACCGAGGAAGGGGGUUCCAGAGACGGCGGAGGAAGUCCUUUCACCAGGGGUCCUCCGGAUAACGAUUGCUACUACUGGGACCCAACCAAGCCUGCAAGCGACAUCGACUGCGACGACGUUUCGUUCAACAAGCGCACUCCCCUUUGUGGAACCGGCUGCUCGAUGGCAUCUUUUGCAAUUGCAAGGCCGUUCCUGCUGCUGGGCUGCAUCGGUAGCCCGGGCAUUCACGGGAGUUUCCGACAGGCAGAGGUUCAGGGAAGGCUGGUCGGCUUGGCGAUUGGACAUGAUCCAACGGGUCCUUGGUUCUCGGCUGAUAGAGACCAGACCUGCAACGACCUUUGCACCGCCAAGAACUACACGGAGUGCGGCAAGGAGGAGAUGGCAGCCAUCAACUCUUCCGUCGCCUUGGCAGACUUGCUUUCGAUUCUCAACCUGACCUGCACGCCCCCGUCCGACCCGAGCAAUCGCAAAAGGAACGGUGCAGGAAGUCCGUUCACCAGGGGUCCUCCAGAAGCAAACGAUUGCUACUAUUGGGACCCAAUCGAGACUGCAAGCAACAUUGACUGCAUUAGUCCAGUUGCUUUUCCCGGUCGAAGGCCCCUUUGCUACUGUAAAUAG